AAUAAGUUCCAGCUACCAAAAAAACCAUGUAUAUUCCAAGCAUAUUCUUCUGCGUCUUUAUAUGCCUCUCCUCUUUCUCCCAAGCUGCUUCUGCUGCUGAAGAUCAAUUUCUUCAUAGUGAAGGAAGUUCCUUGUUGAGGUGGAAAGCCAGCCUUGGUGAACAAAGCCCAGACGCAUUGUCUUCUUGGAAGAAUGGAACCAGUCCGUGCAGAAACUGGACAGGGAUUACAUGUGACGAAUCUUUGUCAGUUACCAUGAUUAAUCUAACAAGUCUUAGGCUGCAAGGUACACUUCAAAAUCUGAGCUUCUUGUCCUUCCCUAACCUCAAACAUUUCGAUAUAAGUAAUAAUUCCUUCUCUGGAAAUAUUCCUCCCCAAGUUGGUAACUUGUCCAGUAUUCUUACACUGACAAUGUCUCACAAUUUAUUAAUGGGUUCUAUCCCUGGAGAAAUUGGAGCACUGAGAGCUCUAAAUUUUCUUGAUUUGAGCUUUUGCAAUCUCACUGGGCAUAUUCCUCGAGAAAUUGGGAAGUUGAGUGAUCUGACAGAUCUAAUUCUUGGAACUAAUCAACUCUACGGUUCCAUUCCCCAAGAAAUUGGCAUGCUGAGCAAUCUCAUACAACUUGAUUUAUCAGAAAAUUCAAAAUUCUUCAGCGGAAUCCCUUCUACAAUUGGAAACUUGACCAAGUUAAAGCUAUUGUAUCUCUAUAGUAGCAAUCUCACUGGUCUUGUUCCCAAUGAACUUGGGAAACUACAUUCCCUUGUAGAUAUUCAAUUGUCAGAUAAUAAUCUUUAUGGCCCAAUCCCAUCUUUCAUAGGAAACUUCACAAGUCUUGAAAAAUUGUCUUUGUACUCGAACAAGUUUUCUGGACCGAUUCCUGCCUCCAUAGGAAACUUGAUCAAUUUAGAAAUCCUUUACCUCAAUAUCAACAAUCUUUCAGGAUCUAUUCCUCCAACCAUAGGAAAUUUGACAAAGCUCACUGAAUUAGCACUUCAUAUGAACAAUCUCAAUGGUCAACUUCCGCUUCAAAUAAAUAACCUCACGAGUGUUUCCAACUUACAACUAGGUUGGAAUCAUUUCAAUGGCCAUUUGCCACAACAAAUUUGCCUCAGUGGCACCCUAAAGUAUUUUGGAGCCACUAAUUGUAGCUUCACUGGUCCUAUGCCGGAAAGCUUCAAGAACUGUUCAAGUCUUGAAAGACUCAGGCUUGAAGAUAACCAACUGGUUCAAGAUAUAACAAAUUUUUUUGGUGUAUAUCCAAAUUUGGAAUUCAUAGAUAUAAGUGGCAAUAAAUUGUAUGGCCAUCUUUCAUCUACAUGGGGGAAGUGUCCUAAACUAGCCCAGUUCAUGAUUUCUAACAACAACCUUUCUGGUGUUAUACCAUUAGAAUUAGGUGAGGCAAUGAAUCUUAAAGAAGUCAACUUGUCCUCAAAUAAUCUGGCUGGAGAAAUUCCGAAAGAGCUGAGGAAGUUGACCUCAUUGACUAGACUUUCUUUAAGCCACAAUCAACUUUCAGGCGAGAUUCCCACAGAAAUAGGGUCACUAAAUCAUCUUGAAGUUUUGGGGCUAUCAGGAAAUAAAUUUAAUGGCUCAAUCACUAAAGAACUUGGGGGGUUUACAAGUUUGAGAGAAUUGAAGUUGGGCGAAAACAGGUUUGAAGGAAGCAUCCCCAUGGAGUUUAGUAAACUCCAAUCUCUUGAAAAUCUUGAUCUCAGCGAGAAUAUGUUGAGUGGGAAAAUACCAACAAUGCUUGGAGCGUUACAGAAAUUGCAAAUAUUGAACCUCUCACAUAAUAACUUCUCUGGCAACAUUUCAUCCAUUUUCAAUGGGAUGUCAGCCUUGACUUCUGCUGACAUAUCAUUCAACCAACUUGAAGGCCCCCUUCCAAACAAUCGAGCCUUUCUUCACAGUAGCUUUGAAGCAUUGAGGAAUAAUAAAGGUUUGUGUGGUAAUGUCACAGGUUUACAGCCUUGUAGCAACUCCCAAACAAAUGCACAUGGUCAUAAGGAAAAAAAGUUCUUGAUGAUAUUCCUCCCAUUGGCCAUACUACUAUUUGUUGUGGUUGGAGCUUCAUGCAUUUUCUUUAGACUUAGAGAGAGGAAAACAAAAAACAAAGAUGAAGAAGCAGAUCUUUAUUUUGUAUGGAAUUCUGAUAGAGAAGUGUUGUAUGAAAACAUUAUCGAAGCCACAAAGGAGUUUGAUGACAGAUAUCUCAUCGGGAAAGGGGGCCAAGGAAGUGUUUAUAGGGCUGAAUUGCCUUCAGGUGAUGUUGUAGCUGUAAAGAAGCUUCAUUCUUUUGGUGGGGAAAUCUGCAACCAGAAAGCUUUCACAAGUGAGAUUCGAGCUUUGACAGAAAUCAAACAUCGUAAUAUUGUGAAGCUGUAUGGGUUUUGUUCCAAUUCACGAUUCUCCUUUUUAGUUUAUGAGUUCCUAGAAGGUGGAAGCUUGGAUAAUAUACUGAAGAAUGAGAAACAAGCCACAAAGCUUGAUUGGAUCAAGAGGGUGAACGCCAUUAAAGGUGUGGCUAAUGCUUUAUUCCACAUGCAUCAUGGUUGUUCAUUUCCUGUUGUUCAUCGUGACAUAUCAAGCAAGAAUAUCCUUCUAAGUUCAGAUUAUGAAGAAGUUCGCAUCAUUGACUUUGGUACAGCUAAGUUUUUGAAGCCAGAAUCAAGCAAUAUGACCACAUUCGUAGGCACAUUUGGAUAUGCAGCUCCAGAGAUUGGUCUCAUUAUGGAAGCAAACGAGAAAUGCGAUGUUUACAGCUUUGGAGUGUUGACUUUGGAAAUCAUAAUGGGAAUCCACCCUGGAGAACUUAUUUCAUCAUUGGCUGAGAAAUCAACUAACAAUGAUUUGCUGUUGUUGAAGGAUGUGCUAGACUCGCGAAUUUCUUAUCCCACAGAACCAAUCUCUGACGAGGUAAUCUUCAUUGCAAAAAUAGCGUUUUCUUGCUUGAAGGAGAACCCUCGAUAUCGUCCAACUAUGGAACAAGUAUCUGUAGAUCUCACAAGGUCAUCAUCAAUAUCUCAUUUAGAGGAUCAACUUGGCACCAUCACAAUUGGACAGCUUAUGAAGGAUUGAAUUUGAACUCAUUCACUAGGUUAUUUGUGUGUCUGUUUGUGUUAAACAUGGUAUUGUGAUGUGCAUAUAGUAAGAUUAUGGUUGUCUUAUCAUAUGUAUGCUCAGGUUUUGGCUUGAAUAAAACUUGUAAGUGAAUGUUUUGUUUGCACAUCAUCCUC